UUUGUUUAAGUCUGAUAGUCGAUUCCCAAAAGAGUUCACUGCCUGUUUGAACGCUGUUAAGUUGAUUCCGAGUCGUAUACUUCGGCUCUAUUCCUAUUUCUCUCUCUUUCUCUCUAUUUUUCUCUCUCUCUAUUACAAACACACACACACACCUUAAAACCACUUCAAUCUCGGAGUAUAUCGGAGUCGAUUCUUUAGACUUAUAAAUCGAGCAGAUUUACAGGUUACAACGUGUAAUGCUGGUCCAAACCAACAGAUGGCAGUAAGCAGCACUGAAAGACCCUGAACCGCUGGAAAUACAAACUAUCCACACUCGAAAGGUUAUAUUAUUAUUGUUCAUCAUGGUAGAAAACUCUCCGUCGCCUCUGCCUGAGAGAGCCAUCUAUGGGUUUGUGCUGUUCCUGGGCUCACAGUUCGCGUUUUUGCUUUAUUUAGUUUGGGCAUAUGUUCCUGAGACCUGGCUCCACGCUGUCGGAUUAACCUACUGGCCUCAGAAGUAUUGGGCUCUUGCAUUGCCGAUUUACUUGCUGGUUGCUUUAACUGUGUGCUUUGUGGUGCUGUUUGGAAUCAAUAUGAUAAAGACGGCUCCCCUGUGCUCUGUGGACAACGUCACAGAUAAUUUUGCUAAAACGCAGCUUCAGGAUCCAGGCCAGAAAAACGCCAUACCUCGACUGCAAGAUCUGUCCAUUAGUGAAGUCAACCAUCGUUUCUACAUCACACAAUGAACUCUGAGACCCCAGGUCCUGGCCCUGAGAUGCCAUGUUCCUGCAUGAUGCCUCAUGUCUCCAAAUUUCUGAUCUGCAUUGAUCCAUACAGAUGACCAGCAUCCAGGAUUGCUUUUCAUCAGCCCUGGCUUCUGGAGUUUGCUGAGGUUUUAGAUGCACCUUUUCCAUCACUCACGCAUGACAGGACAGACAUUUGACUUUAAGGUGAACUCUCAGUGUCAGUAUGGUAAACACAUGACCCUUAGAGGGGGAGCCUAAUCAUGGCAUUAAGCAGUGGGGAAAAGUGGCUGAACAACUACUCGUGUAGAAGGACUUUUCACAGUCUGCUUGAGAGGAAGUAAAAGUAGGAAUGCAAAAGCAGUGUGAGAACUUUCAUCUUUCGUCCAAUAAAUAAAGCUGUAUUAUAGUUUUAGCUACUUGUCCAUUUGAUUGUGUUUUGCUUAUAGUAACUGGAGCUGCUAUCAAAAUGUGCAGCUUAAACGGCACAUUAAGCGAGAUUUCAGAAUGCCGUCGGGAUGUUGUACCACAGAACUAUAGAAUUUUCUUUAGUAUGAUUAUUUAGAUUCAAAAUAGAAACAAAAUCAUUUUUAAAAAAUCUAUAAUAAAUUAUAAAGUCUAAAGUGUUAGAUUUAUUAAUACUCCAGUCCUCAGUUGUCUGUGAUCUCGGACAGGGUUCUUGACUGUAUAACUUAAAAAUCACACGACGUUCAUGGAAAUCAUUAACUGCCGUUUGUUUUUUAUGGUUAUUAAUUUGUCUGUCAUAACUGUAAGCCUGAUAAACUGGUCACUUACAUUGAAAACAAACUAAACUAAAAGUGACUCUCAAACGAAUAAAGUCUAAAUAAUAAUAAAUUCUGUCAAUUUUGAACAGAUUACAACA